CUCGUAAACACAAAAUCCGCCACCAUGUCUAGCUCCUUCAACAAGCUCUUUGAGAAGGGCAAAGCUAAGGUUAAAGAAUACGAGCAAAAAUACAACACCCAGCACUCUUCAUCGAACAAUCAGCAAGGCUAUCCCGGCCAGGGCCCUCCUCAGCAAGGCUAUCCAGGGCAGCAGCCGCAGUAUACCGGUGCUCCGAACGCUCAGUACACCGGCGCACAAUACCCCCAGCAACAAUACCAGCCUCCAAACCAGCAAUGGGGCCCUCCACAGACCCAAUGGGGUCCUCCUCAGCAACAAUGGGGUCCUCCACCACCGACACAGCAGAACUUCGGCCCACCACCCAUCCCGCAACAUAGCAAACCACACUCUCCCGCACCUCCUUCAAUCCCGCAGAACCGACCGAUAUCGAACCCACCGCCGCCCCAGAAUGCGCCGUCUCCCGCCACUGAGAAGGUUUACUGGAAACCCUCCUUCGACGCCGCGACACCAGUCUCGCACAACUUCCGCCACGAGCUCGGUGACCACGGCUGGGGCAACAACGAGAAGCAAAAUUACACUGACAAUCCCGCCAACUCGUUCCACCACGACAACCGCCUCAUCGUGCGCGGUCUUGUCCAGGGCGGCACCUACACCUCGGCGCGGCUGACGUCGCAUCAGACGCUCUCGCGGCCACGGGGCUACCUGACCGCGACCAUCCUGCCGCCCGGCGCCGAGGGCGUAUGGCCCGCGUACUGGAUGCUGCCCGCCGACCCGUUCACGUGGCCGACCGAUGGCGAGGUCGACAUCUGCGAGAGCUGGCAAGGCGCAGGGGAAAACCACACGUGUCUGCACUGGGGCCACUACAACGGCGAGGACCACAAUAAGCAUCAGGUCAUCGUCACGCCGCUGCCGGAUAUCGCGCGGUGUCCCCACACAUAUGGCUUCGCGUGGAUCGAGGAGGAAGGGAUCCCGAAUUGGCGCGGCAGGAUGGUGUGGUAUAUUGAUGGGAGACCCGUGCAGAAGGCGAAUAUCCCGCUGGGGAUCCGGCGGAUGGAGGACUUUAGGAUUCUGCUGAAUAUUGCCAUGGGUGGGACGGUGUGUCAGGGCAAGUUGCCGCGCGAUGGGUAUUAUGAUAUGGUGGUUAGCGAGAUGAUGAUGUGUGACGAGCCAAGAGGCGGUUGGGAGCAGUUUGAAAGGGAUUUUGGGGCAGCUCCGGAGGGGCAUCCUGUGUAGAGCACGGGCUGGAACCGUAGAGGAACAGUCAUGAACAAACACAAAAUGAAGGGCGAGUCCGGAUCACCGACCAGAAGCUCUUAGCUAUGUCACGCUCAUACAAAACAUACGCCAAUGUGUAGAUCUUCGUU